UCGUCUACCCUCCGGCCUCGCACGUUUGAUAUGGACAGGUGACGAAUUCGCCCACGUCAUCCUCAUCGAUCGAGCACGUUGUGCCUUUCCCCAACCUGCGCCCCCCUCCCCAAGCAUCUCUCCUAGUAUAAAAGAAGCAGCAGCGACUGAACCUACCUCUAACCAUAUCGAAUUGGAUAGUUGGAUUUGGACGUUGGAUCAUCCUCUCCGCCACACAGAGGCACAGAGCCAGAGACAGAGAUCACAAGUGAAGAAGACCAAUGGGUUCGUGCGUCUCCCGCUCCACAGCGGUGCCGUCGGAGGCGGCGGCGGCGGCGGCGGCGGAAUCGUCCGUGCGCGCGCUGACGGCCAAGGUCGUGGGCCUCGACGGCUCCCUGGCGCAGUUUGCGGCGCCCGUCACGGCGCACGAGGCCCUGCUGGCCACCGGCGGCACAGCGCCGUCGCCGCCGCGCGCUAGCUUCCUCUGCUGCUCGGACGAGCUGGACUUCGACGCGCCCGCCCGCGCGCUGGGCGCGCGCGACGCGCUCCAGCCCGGGCAGCUCUACUUCGCGCUGCCGGCCGCCAUGCUCGGGCGGCCGCUGCCCGCGCAGGACAUGGCCGCGCUCGCCGCCAGGGCCGCCGCGGCUCUAGGGACGGCGCCCGUCGUCGUCACCGCCGCCGCCGCGGGCGUGCCGUCGCGGGGCAGGAGCAAGGCCGGCGCGGCCAGCGACAAGCGGCAGCGACGGCAGGCCGCGGGGCGCCGGCGAGUCGCGCCGCUCGUCGACGUCGUUGCGAGCGCGCACGCGGGCGGCGGAUCAUCAUACGGCGACGCGCCCAUGGCGGAGUCCGGCGACCGAACCGUGGGCAAGGCGAGGUGGGGAGUCGGCCACGGAGGUGCCCCUCGCCGUGUGCCGAGAUUGAGCGCGAUCGCGGAAGCAGCUAGCGAGACAUCCAUCGAUCAGCAGUACUAGCUUGAUCAGGGAGGUUUAGGCGUUUAGCAAGCCAAUUUAGUUUAGAUGGUUCCAUCUGUGUGAGGAUACAGGUGUACAGUGCGUGUGCAGUACAGUUUUGAUUCUUUGUCAUGAUUAAAUCUGGCGAUUGAUCAAUGAAAUUGGGAUUGAUUCGUUUUUUCCCC